AUGCAAUCAACGAAGCUAAAUGGUUCGACCAAUACACAGAUAACAUCAAUAACAACAGGAACAACAACAACAACUACAACAGAAACAACAACAACAACAACAACAGAAACAACAACUACAACAACAACAACAACAACGACAACAACCACAACAACCACAACGGAAACAACGACAACAACAACCACAACAACAACAACGACAACAACAACAACAACCACAACAGAAACAACGACAACAACAACAACGACAACGACAACGACAACAACUACAACAGAAACAACAACUACAACAACUACGACAACAACAACAACAACGACAACAACGACAACAGAAACAACAACAACAACAACAACAACUACAACUACAACAGAAACAACAACCACAACAACUACAACAACAACAACAACAACGACAACAACUACAACAGAAACAACAACAACAACAACAACAACUACAACUACAACCGAAACAACAACCACAACAACUACAACAACAACAACAACAACGACAACAACCACAACAACCACAACGGAAACAACAACAACAACAACAACGACAACAACUACAACAGAAACAACAACAACUACAUCGACAACAACAACUACUACAGAAACAACAACAACGACAACAACUACAUCAACAACAACGACAACAACUACCUCAACAACAACAACAACUACAGAAACAACAACAACGACAACAACUACAUCAACAACAACAACAACUACAGAAACAACAACAACGGCAACAACAACAACAACAUCCACAACAACAACAACAACAUCAACAACAUCAACAACGACAACAACAACCACGACAACUACCACGACAACAACGACAUCAACAACAACAACGACAACAUCAACAACAACAACAACAACAUCCACAACAACGACAACAUCAACAACAACCACGAAAACAACAACAACAUCCACAACAACGACAACAUCAACAACAACCACGACAACACGUAAUUACCUUGACAGUAGUUCUACCAAGGGAAAAAGCGCGGAAUCCUGGAAUUCUAUGGAAUCCGAUAAAAUUCAACGGAAUCCAGCGGAGUCUUGGAAUCUCAGAGAAUCUUUAGGAAUCCUAUAG